AUGUGCACCUACUCUUUCCAGCGCAUGGUCUGCUCCUGCGCCAAGGGCCCCGAGUGCCCUCAAAUGUCUCGCGGACGAGUCAUGAUCGGCGGCGAGGCCUUCCACUACAUCGACCUGUUCUACGCUGUCGACGACCUUGGUUCGGCGUGCGACUACCAGCGGAGACUGUUUGGGCGCAACGCGAGCCCAACGAUGCACUGCCCGCGGUACGCCUUCGACGCCAAGCGUAUCAUCAAGGGGAGCUACCGCAAGACGGAUCUGGCGUGCGUCAAGUGCGCCGAGACGUGUGCGCCGCCGAGCUCGAGGUGGCAGGCUCCGGGGAGGAAUGAGGUCAAGGAUGAGGUCAAGGGGUAG